AUGAAAUUAAAAAAACUUAUAGAAAACUGGCUCUGAAGUACCAUCCUGACAAAAAUCCUAACAAUCCAGAAGCAGCUGAAAAGUUUAAAGAAAUAAAUAGAGCACAUGCCAUACUGACAGAUCUAACAAAACGUAAUAUAUAUGAUAAUUAUGGAUCUCUUGGUCUAUACGUCGCAGAGCAGUUUGGAGAAGAAAAUGUUAACGCUUACUUUGUUGUCACAUCUGGAUGGUGCAAGGCAUUGUUUAUAAUUUGUGGAAUAAUUACUGGUUGUUACUGUUGUUGCUGUUGUUGCUGCUGUUGCUAUUUCUGUUGCGGUAAAUGUAAACCAGCUCCUCCCGAGGAUAGUGGUGCAUACCAUAAUUUACAGCGGAACCUGAAUCCAGAAGCUGUUGUGACAAAUCAACCGCGAGGUUUUGGCAAGGAAGAAGAAAGCGAUGAUGAUGCUGUGACAGCUCAACCUCAGAGUAGUGCAUCGCAAAAUGCAUCUAAUAUACAGCAACCAAUAUUUGCGAUGCCUGCACCGGGAUCAGCAGCACCAACGUCAACGGCUAACGAAAGCACGAACCUAAACAGCGGUGGCGAUCGUGUGAUUUAUACAACUGCGGCUGCCACAAAUCCAUUCAUAGGAGUCAACGCACCUACAAGUGACAUCGGACCAACCAGAUGGUAGACUGAAAACAUGGAAAACCCGUCACAAAUAUUGAAUUCAUAUUUAUAG